AUGAGAGCUUGCUCAUGGAAAUCUUUGUUUGUUACCGCUAUGUUGGAGUGCGGACAGGCAUCCAUCCUCGAAGCAAGUCGUGCGACGACUGCAGCGCCAUUCAAAUUCGACUCACAAGCCAUCAAUGGAGCAACUUUUAUCGAUGGUGGCGCGGGGACGAAUAAUCCAUCGUAUAGAGCCUGGAGAGAGGUCAUGUCGCAGAUCAUGAGCAAUAGGAGGGACGACAACCCGUCUAUACUGAUUGUGAGCAUCGGCACGGGUUUCGACGAUCAGGAGCGACCGCGGUCUCUAUGGUCAUCAGUGAAGAAAGAAGUGACGGAGACAGAAAAAACGCACAAAUUAAUGUGUGAAAAGAUGGACAACAAUAACUAUUUUCGUCUCAAUUUCAAGGGCGAGCUUGGAGCCAUCAAGCUAGAUGCCAUCGAAACGAAUGGACAGAAAACGACCGACUUCAUUGAUAAUCUCAUAAGGUGGGAGAGAACGGCUGACGCGAACAUAGACAAUGACAUUGAUAGGCUCGUGGGGUGGGAUCAGAUCGAUGGACUUCUUGAAAAAAUGGACCGGCUGGCGGAGAAACUCGUCAACAAUCGCAGGCAGCGAGCCACGGCCUCGAGCCAUUCGAAGCGUUUUGAAAACUGUAACGUGUACGUGUGUCGCGAGAUUAAUGGCAAUUGUCGUCAGUUCCCAUUUGAUGUCUCCAAGUACGAACACUAUAGUUCGGUUUUCUUGACAUCUGAUGAAAUGAGAGAGCAUCUGAAAAACAAGCAUGGUAUUGUGGCUGCUGAUGAUCAGAAAAUCGAGAGUUGUGUCCGGAUACCGCGUAAUGGGAGCGGUCCAUGGAUAUAA